AUGGCUGGCAAACUGUUCCAGAUUAAAGAAGACCAAAGAGAUGUAGCAAGUUGCUUGGAAUUAAAGGAAGAAACCAUUGAAAACCUUCUUGCAGCAGCUUGCCUUCUUCAGCUUCCUCAAGUAGUGGAAGUGUGCUGCCAUUUCCUCAUGAAGCUCUUGCAUCCAUCAAACUGUUUAGGAAUCCGAGCAUUUGCGGAUGCUCAAGGAUGCAUUGAAUUAAUGAAGGUGGCCCAUAGCUACACGAUGGAAAACAUAAUGGAAGUUAUAAGAAAUCAAGAGUUUCUACUGCUUCCAGCUGAGGAGCUCCAUAAACUCCUGGCCAGUGAUGAUGUCAAUGUUCCCGAUGAAGAAACCAUCUUCCAUGCAUUAAUGAUGUGGGUCAAAUAUGACAUGCAGAGGAGAUGCAAUGACUUGAGUAUGCUUCUGGCCUUCAUAAGACUGCCACUCCUUCCACCUCAGAUAUUGGCAGACCUAGAAAACCAUGCAUUAUUUAAGAAUGAUCUGGAAUGUCAAAAGCUGAUUCUGGAAGCAAUGAAGUACCAUCUGUUGCCAGAAAGAAGAACUUUAAUGCAAAGUCCAAGAACUAAACCUAGAAAAUCUACAGUCGGAACUCUGUAUGCUGUGGGAGGAAUGGAUAACAAUAAAGGAGCUACAACCAUAGAGAAAUAUGACCUCAGAACAAAUUUGUGGAUCCAGGCAGGGAUGAUGAAUGGCAGGAGAUUGCAGUUUGGUGUGGCUGUUAUUGAUGACAAACUCUUUGUAAUUGGAGGUCGAGAUGGCUUGAAGACAUUGAACACUGUUGAAUGUUACAACCCCAAAACCAAGAUUUGGACUGUUUUACCACCAAUGUCAACGCAUAGACAUGGUCUAGGUGUGACAGUACUGGAAGGCCCUAUCUAUGCUGUGGGAGGCCAUGAUGGCUGGAGUUAUCUGAACACAGUGGAGAGGUGGGAUCCUCAGAGUCAGCAGUGGACAUUUGUAGCUAGCAUGUCAAUUGCCCGAAGCACAGUUGGGGUGGCAGCAUUGAAUGGCAAGUUGUAUUCAGUUGGCGGUCGUGAUGGAAGCUCCUGUUUAAGUUCAAUGGAAUACUAUGAUCCUCACACAAAUAAGUGGAAUAUGUGUGCUCCAAUGUGUAAGCGGAGAGGGGGUGUAGGAGUAGCCACAUGCGAUGGUUUCCUUUAUGCAGUAGGAGGUCAUGAUGCUCCUGCUUCAAAUCACUGUUCUCGGCUACUAGACUAUGUAGAAAGAUAUGAUCCCAAAACAGACACAUGGACUAUGGUGGCUCCUUUGAGUAUGCCCAGAGAUGCUGUUGGAGUCUGUCUCCUUGGUGACAGAUUAUACGCUGUUGGUGGCUAUGAUGGCCAGACAUACCUCAACACUAUGGAAUCCUACGAUCCACAAACUAAUGAAUGGACCCAGAUGGCUUCCUUGAAUAUUGGGAGAGCUGGUGCCUGUGUAGUAGUCAUCAAGCAACCUUGACUUAUAUUUUUGGAGAGGUUUUAUUUGCUGGAGUGGUUAUUUUUAUAUCAGAGGGCAGGAAUGAGAACUUCUGGAGAUGAAAAUUCUUCAAGAAAAAGGAUUUUGGUAGAUUUACCUACUGAGAUCAAAAAAGGUAGAAGAUGAAACAGAGUUAUGGGAAACAAGAGAACAUCAAACUGCUGUGGGAACACGAUCUGGUCAUAUGUUAGUUCAGGAAUGGUUAUUGGUAAUUUGUUUUGUAUUGUAGCAUACAAUAACUAGAGUUACCAAGGCUCGUAUUUCUUGGGCAGUUAAAAGGAGAGAUAAAGAUUUGUGACAUGGAUAAUUUCAUGACUAAACAUUAUAAUGUUUUAUAAUCUGUGAUGAUAUUCCAGAGGUUGCCAAGAGUAGAAGACGUGAUAUUUCAUCUGACAGAAUCUGAUUGAUUCUGCCUUAAUUUCCUAAUCAGAUGUGGUCAUACUAGGAGGUGGAAUGAUGCUUUAUUAAACAAACAUGCUUUUUCCUGAUUUUCCUAAACUAUGAGGACAAUUUGAGAAACAGAUUCAUGCUUGCCUCUUGCACUCAGAAAACAAAUCAAAGCUGCAUAUGUCAUCCAUGAGGAUGGUUGAAUUUUACUGAAACUGUAUUAGCAAUUUGAAGUUGGCAAACACAAAGGAUUGUUUUCAUUAAGCUUACCAUAUUGCUUUGCUUUUUGAUCACACUGAGAAUCAGUACAAUUAAAGGCUUUUGCCUUAUGAUGAGUUGAGUGUAAGCAUGGAAACUAGUUAUUCUGAAUGUUUAAUAUAUAUAUAUAUAUGUAUAUGUGUGUGUGUAUAUAUAUAUAUAUAUAUAUCCAUUGCAUGCUGAAAUCCUUUAGAAUUUUGUUCAUAAAACAUCUUAGAAUUUUGAGGGAGAAAUCUAUGAUACAUUCAUUUGCAGUGUUAAUGGCCAUUGUCAGAAGGAGGGCAGACUUCAGACCCUCAUUCCCUACUUUUCAAACUGGCUACAUUGAUAAGCACAUUAUUUUAUGCCAAAUGUUUGUAAUUGUUUAAAGCAUAUAGUGGAAAUGUUAUACAAUGUCUUCAAUAGAUCCAGGUAAAUGUUAAAUAUAAUUAAUAAAUAAUAGAAAAUUUGCUUUUAUCAGUGUACCUUUUUUCAAUAAAUUUUAAUUCAGAACAGAGUAAAAAAUUCACAAGUUAUUCUGCAAAAAUAGGCACGUUUUGUUGCUUAAACUUUCAUAAAUCAAGGAGCAUAUAUUUUCAUCAAAAUAAGCUUAUUUCU